CUGGAGCUGAGCUGGAGCGCUCACCGCUGAAACUAUCUAAGGGGCCGAAUAUUCUUCCGUUCCGUCUUCGUAGAUGGCACGAUGUUGAUUGGCUAACGUUGCAACGGGGAAAACCGGCGGACCUUCGGCUCGAUCGGGCUCAAAUCAUUUUUGAAGCGAAAAGUUUCAAAGACCAAAAGUAUCCACUGGUUCAUCAUCAUCUCCACUUGCCUUCGAGGCUCCGUUCGCGUAAUUAAUCCUCUUCUCUUUCUUCAUCUCAUAGACUCUCGCAAUGCCUUACGCUCAAGGUGACGCUGGUAAAGGUGCUGCCCUCUUUAAGAGAAGUUGUGCUUUGUGCCACACUGUCGGUGGUGGCGAGCCCAACAAGGUCGGCCCUAACUUGCACGGUCUUUUCGGUCGCAAGACUGGUUCAGUGAAUGGUUUCUCGUAUACGGCGGCUAACGUGAAGAAGGGCGUCGUAUGGGGAGAGGACACUCUUUUCGAUUACCUUGAAAACCCCAAAAAGUACAUCCCAGGAACCAGUAUGAACUUCGUUGGUCUCAAGAAGGAGAAGGACAGGAAUGACCUUAUUACUUUCUUGAAGCAAGCGGUACGUCAUUUCUCCUGAAGUAUAGUUGUGAGAUUCAAUGCUAAUGAAUUGUUCCUGUUCCAGACGGCCUAAUUUUAUAUCCACCACGGACAUCCCACUCAUACAGACUACAACUAUAGUACGGUUUUGCAUCAGGUCUUAGUGCGUUAGACGACCACCCUUGCCCGCAUCUCCUCGCAUCCUUUAUCCCCGCUCAUACCACGAUACACGUUUCUCUCUUGCUUGUUGGUAGUCAGUGCUAUGUCAUGUUGCCUCCAUGCACCACAAGAAAAGUGCAGUGAUUAGCCUAUUAGCGAUAACAUGCAAGAUAUUUGGAUAUAUGCUGCGUAACAUUAAUAUGUUCCAG